CUUCUCUUUCUCUCUCUAUCCACCUACCAACCUCUCUUUCUCUAUCCUCCCUUAACCCUUGACCACAUUUACAUUCUCUUCCACACUAAUCAUCCACUUUUAAGAACUAAAAGGUUUGUACUUUGAAUCCCCUCCCCCAACAUUUCUCAUAGAAAACUCUUUUGAACCUCUCUCCCCCCAAGCCUCUCUUAUAUCUACUUUCUCUCUCUCUCUCUCUCUCUCUCUCUCUCUCUCUCUCUCUCUCUCUCUCUACCAUACUUUUCUCCCACACUUCCCAAUCGAAUAUUCUCUCUCCCUCCUCAAUCCUCUCUCUCUCUCUCUCUCAUAUAUAAUGUAUAUGUAUAAAAGAGGGUGACCCAAAUAUACCUAUAAACGUAUAGGCUAAAGUAGGCUCAAUCAUCACUAUCUUCUAAACUACUUUUCUCACUUCCUAACACUCUCAAAAUUUGGUACCUUUUUUUCUUUAUCCAUCAAACGUAAACCCUUUAAUUACUCAUGGCCUCUACAUCCUCCAAGAGACAUGAUCACUACAAAGGAAUCCGCUGCCGGGGCGGCAAAUGGGUCUCCGAGAUUCGUGAGCCACGUAAGACUAACCGAAUAUGGCUCGGCACCUACCCUACACCUGAGAUGGCUGCUGCCGCCUACGACGUAGCCGCACUCGCACUCAAGGGUUGCAAUGCCGUUCUCAACUUCCCCGACUCAGUUGCCUCCUACCCGGUUCCUGCUUCCACGUCCCCCAAUGAUAUCCGUAUUGCUGCUGCUGCUGCCGCCGCGUCGAAAAGGGUCGAUGAUCAAGGAGAAAACAAUUACCAUAACUCUCACUACCAGUCUCCGCCAGCCAACGAGUUUGUCGAUGAGGAGGCGCUGUUCGGAAUGCCAAAUCUUUUACUUGACAUGGCUGAGGGAAUGCUGUUGUCGCCGCCGCGAAUGAACUCGUCUCCGUCUCGACAUGAUUACUACUCAUGGAAUUCGAGUGGAGACGGAAAUCUUUGGAGCUACCACUAGAGAGAAAAAAAAAAAAAACAAAAUUUAACCAUAAAACAAAAAUUAAAACUCCAUGAAUUGGAACAUAUCUAUUUUAAUACAAUCGUGAGGAAAAAUUAAGGUAAUCAAACGACAAGGAUUUGGAAAAAAAUUUAGAUCAGUAAUGAACAAUUUUUUUUGCUUCGAUGAGAAGGUGUCUGGAACAGUAAAAAAUUAGACUGAAUAUGGGAUCUAGAUUUGGAUAGAGAGACACGGUUUUGGUUGGAGAAAGAGAUUUUGAAUUGGAUUAUGUCUGUUUUUUCUCUUUCUCUCUCUUUGCUUAAUCAUUUAUUAUGAGAUAAAGUAAGAGAGAGAUUGUGUUAUGAUGAAUUUUGAUUGGUCCACAACUUUUUU